AAUUCGACCGUCUGCAAGCGUCGACGCCGCAGCUAUGGGUCUUCGCAGCCGCCAGCGCCGCCUUGCCGGCAUCACGAGAGAGUCUUCCCUGGAGGCGUUCGACGAGCAAGUCAAGACGACGCUGCAAGAGCACCUCGCGCACUCGCAGAACGACGUCGCCGCCUUCAACCUCCUGUGGAAGGGCUUCCUCGGCAAGCUCGGUUAUGCACUUGUGGGGUUUGAGAUCCUCUCCGUGUGGUACGCCAUCUCAACGACCAGCAUCCUCGGCCUGGCGCUCAUUGCCGGGAUCAAGAUUGCUUCCUGCACCGCCAUCCUCCUCACCAAGACGUACGUGACGGAAGGCGAUCAGUAUGUGCCUGCCCAGACGCUCUCGGUCGGCCUCACGCUUGUCUGGGGCGUGAUGGGGCUCCUCGGCGCCGAUGAUGCGUUGCGCCGCAGCACGGUACCGCUCUCGGCCAUCUACUUUGCGGGCGUCGCCGCGUCGGUGUGGUUCAUGGGCAGCAACACCAAGGCGGAAGUCGCUCGCGCCAAGCAGCUUGCCAAGCUCGAAACAGUGUUUCGUCAAUAAAAACCCUCUUCGUCUACCGGUA